AAAUCCGUUUUCAGAUAAUUUUAAAAUCAAAACUAGAAAAUAUACACACUUUAUCUGAGCAGUUUCCAAACAUUGCCUAAGAGUUGUACGCUAUGUUAUGGGUCACAAAAGAAAGAGCAAUGUGAGGUCUUGACGACAAAAGUAAUGGCCCAAUUGCAAGCCGGCCAAUCCUUAUGGAGAAGAAGCAGGCGACAAGAACCCCAAAGAUUCUUAACAGAUAAGAAACCAUAUAAGCUGGCUUGGUAUAGUGGUCAUGUAUCCGUCCGACCAAUCGAUGAAGUAAAGUUCCAGAGCAGAUCAAUUAUAAUUUAGGUACUAACGAACAAGAGAGUUCUUAUCCCUGUUGAUUCCACAGUGUAAUCAACGGGUAUAAUCUUCGGGAGUUGUUUUUUGCUUCCUCUCUUUUCUCAAUCCAAUGAUGGAAAUAGUAGAUGCGAACCUUUUCUGAUCAAUUCCUUCCUGUGCUCUCAAUUCAGAUGCUGCCGAUCUUUUUCCCUUCCAUGGCUAUGUCUUAGAACAAAGAGUUUCUAGUGGCAAGCAGAAGCACCAAGGCAUGUUGAUCUAGAAAUAAUAAAAAAAAAAAGGAAUGGAUUGCUUUAACAAGAAGGAAGAACAAGCACAAAACCUGUAUCAAAGACCCCAACUACAACAUCAUCACCGUAGGUCAAUUGCAACGGAGUUACUUCACCGCUAUACAAGAUGGGAGCUUUCUGUAUACAAUGCAAAAUCAGUCUCCCCGAAAGACCAAAGUCCAUCAGGAAGACCAAUACAGGAUGAUAGAAAGCUACCUUCAAAUCCUGAAGAAGUAGAAGACCUGCGUCGUGAUUCAGCGGCAAAUCCGUUGAUUGCAUUUACGUUCGAUGAACUAAAAUUAAUCACAGAAAAUUUUAGGCAAGAUCAUUUGCUGGGUGGAGGAGGAUUUGGAAGUGUUUAUAAGGGAAUCAUUGCUAAAGAUUCUAGAGAGGAGCUUCAGCCCCUUCAAGUUGCUGUUAAGGUUCAUGAUGGUGAUAACAGUUACCAAGGCCAUAGAGAAUGGCUGGCAGAAGUCAUAUUCCUGGGGCAGCUUUCUCAUCCAAACCUGGUGAAAUUGAUUGGAUAUUGCUGUCAGGACGAACAUAGGGUUCUAAUAUACGAGUAUAUGGCUCGGGGAAGUGUGGAAAACAAUCUGUUUUCAAGAGUGUUGCUCCCUCUUCCAUGGUCUAUUAGAAUGAAGAUUGCCUUUGGUGCAGCAAAGGGACUCGCUUUUCUUCAUGAAGCUGAAAAACCUGUCAUCUAUCGUGAUUUUAAGACAUCUAACAUUCUCUUAGACCAGGACUACAACGCAAAGCUCUCUGACUUUGGCCUUGCAAAAGAUGGACCUAUGGGAGACAAAACUCAUGUUUCCACUCGCAUAAUGGGGACUUACGGGUACGCAGCACCUGAAUAUAUAAUGACAGGCAAGUUUCCCAACUCUGCUAAUGUUAUGCACAGCAUUCAGAAUGAAAGGGACCAAUUUCCUGGCGGCCUCCGACAUGCUCAAGCAAGAAGAAAAUCAUUAGACAAAUCACGACCAGGCCGCGAGCAGAACCUAACGGAUUGGGCUCUUCCCUUGCUUAAAGAGAAAAGGAAAUUGCUCAACAUUGUGGAUCCAAGAUUAGAAGGAUACUAUCCUAUUAAAGGAUUUCAAAAGGCGGCAAUGCUAGCUUAUCAUUGCUUGAACCGAAAUCCGAAAGCAAGACCUCUGAUGCGAGAUGUCGUUGAUUCCUUGGAGCCUUUGCAAGAACCUGAAGAUGUUCCGAACAAAAAAAACUGUGUUCACUGUGAUUAAUAAUGGUGUAGAGUUAAAAGGAAAAGAAGAUUCAGUGUAACUGACAUGAGUCCUGUGUAUUUUGAUUUUGCCAAGUUUUCUUCUGUUUAAGAAGAGAAUUUUUUUUCUUUUUUUUUUUUCUCGCGUUAGAUAGCUAGCUUUUCUUGUGCGUGACUAAAAGAAAAUAAAAUUAUGCCUUCAGUACUCCUUCC